UCCAUGAUGGCUGAAGAUCCUGGUGGAACAUUUUUCAAUUUCUCUGUCAUUUUUCUUUCUUUCUCUCUACCUCCGCUUGCCAUAGAGACAUGGCAGGACUCACUGGCCCGUUAAGUGUCCAAAGAUUAUUGGUGUCGACAUGCCCAAGAAAGGGAACCGAAAACGGCUGAAAUUCAAGGCCGGGGACGUUUGUUCGGAAUCAGUGACUGUUGCUGAUUAUGCUGAUGCCGACCCAGCCGUUGUGAAGUCAGGGAGGGUGAAAAAAGCUGUGGCAAAUGCAGUUGAAAAAGAAGUGAAAUUCCUCUGCGGGCUGGACGCGUCUCAGGGUGCUGUUGAGGAGGUCCUCUCCUCUGCAGCAAACGACGCCUUGGAAAGCAGUGAUGACCUAGACCCUGGAGAAGAUGCAGAAAGUGAAACUAAAGUUGCCCGCAAGAAGAAAAACAAGAGGAGAAAGGAAAGCAGUAAGAGCAGUGAUGGGCAGGACUAUCCAGUGGAUAUUUGGUUAGUGCUCUCCUCUUACAUUCGACCUGAAGAUGUCUGUAGAUUUGCUCUCAUCUGCAGAAAUGCUUGGAUAGUCACUUGCACGGCAGCUUUCUGGACCAGGCUCUACAGAAGACACUACAGGAUUGAUACUGACCUGCCGUUCCGUCUCCAGCCCGACUCUAUUGGCAGGAUGCAGUAUUUACGGGCCCGUGUGAUUCGCUCCCUUUUCCAUUUGUAUGAGCCAUUUGACUUGCGUGUAUCUAAAAUACCUGCUCUGCCAGAAUCAACACCCACAGCCCUAAUUAAUUCCAAGUGUUUGCUGUUCUGGGUUAGAAAGGUUAUAGGGACUCGGCCAGAUGCAUUGUGGGAAUUCAACUUUAAGUUUUUAAAACAGCCGGUACACAGUAAGAAUGGUUGUGCCAAGUCCUUGCAAAUGCCCAGACAAUACAUAGAUGUCCAUUCAAACCCAGACUCUGACUGCUACAUACUUCAGGUCACCACCCUAAACUUCAUCUUCACCCCUGUGGUCAUGGGCAUGACGCUGACCCUGUUCACAAUCAACGUUAGCACAGACAUGCGCCACCACCGUGUUCGUCUGGUGUUCCAGGACUCUCCGCUCCAGCGAGGGAAGAAGAGGGGAGAUCAGGGCGGGACUCAGGUGGUGUUAGAUCCUGUACAGAGUGUGAGGCUCAUGGACUGGUGGCACCCACAGUACCCCUCCUCACCCUACACGUAGGAGCCCUGCCCCCUCAAACCUUCUACAGCAAACCAUCACAUCAAGAUCCCUGCUGUUGUCUUCUUCCACUCACCACAGAAAAACAACAACCCAUUGGCUUAAUAUGGCGAACACUCUUACUACAUUCAGCAGCAAAGUUUUUGCACAUUCACAUUUUGAUUGUCUGCUUUAGAUGUUAAAGAAAGCAGACAUUGACCUGGCCUUAGAUUGGAUGCAAAUGCUACAUUAAGUGUCAAAUCAUAAGUGUGUCCACCUCACACCCUACUUGUAGUGUUACUGAGACUUAGUAUAUUGUGCUUUAUUAGCACUUUAUGUAAAUCAAGUUCUGCAAGGUCCAUCCACUUGUAUUCAUAGGGAAACAGGGUUUGUUAUACAAAUCAGCCAUUUCUUACCACACAGUGAUGAAACCCUUUACCUUUGAACAACUCAGCUGGAGCAGUUCCUCUGUCUCUCUCUGGGCUGAGUAAUAUGAAAAAAGAUACAAAUUCAUUUUACAUGAUUUAGUGAAAUAAGUCAUAUUUGAUAACUUCUCAUAUAUUACAAAUUACAUCCACUUGUUUGGUGGUUUCUUAAUUUGUCUCUUGUAUAAAGCAACGUAAUGAAAAUUGAAAACUUUAAAUAAUUAUUUUUGGUGUAAUCUUUAAGAAAAGAUGCAAAGUUAUAUCAGACGAAAUCGCACACUAUAUUUUACUAUUUAAAAACUUUGUUAUGACGAAGAUAAAAUUCAAAGAUGAAAAUUGUGGGACAUAUUGCUCAGCCCUAGACGUGGCAAAAACGAACGUGUAUUCAUUGCAAUCAGAUUAUUUGAAUGAUUAAUAUAGACAGAAUCAACUUGUGACAGUUGAUGUCGUUAUGGAUGAACAGGGUGGAACAUUUUAAAUGUGUCAGAUUCUAUAAAUCACCUGCUUCAUUAUGAUGGGGUUAAGACAUGAAUUCAUCCAUCUGCCAUUUACAGUGGAAACUGUUUAACUUGAUUGAAUUUGCACUUAUACAUACAUUUGAAUGAAAAAAAGACAGCUUAAUCACAUACAGUACUAGAAAUGAAAAAAAAGUUGGUUGAUGCUGUUACCACUUGGCAGAAGACCACUUGAUGUUCUGUUAAGCAGUGGGUGAUGUCUGCAUUGGUAAAUAAAUGUACUGCACUGAAAUUAAAUCUGAAACUGCCCAUCCAAA